CCCCCCCCACCCCCCCCCCCCCCCACCCCCCCCCCCCCCCACCCCCCCCCCCCCCCACCCCCCCCCCCCCCCACCCCCCCCCCCCCCCACCCCCCCCCCCCCCCACCCCCCCCCCCCCCCACCCCCCCCCCCCCCCACCCCCCCCCCCCCCCACCCCCCCCCCCCCCCACCCCCCCCCCCCCCCACCCCCCCCCCCCCCCACCCCCCCCCCCCCCCACCCCCCCCCCCCCCCACCCCCCCCCCCCCCCACCCCCCCCCCCCCCCACCCCCCCCCCCCCCCACCCCCCCCCCCCCCCACCCCCCCCCCCCCCCACCCCCCCCCCCCCCCACCCCCCCCCCCCCCCACCCCCCCCCCCCCCCACCCCCCCCCCCCCCCACCCCCCCCCCCCCCCACCCCCCCCCCCCCCCACCCCCCCCCCCCCCCACCCCCCCCCCCCCCCACCCCCCCCCCCCCCCACCCCCCCCCCCCCCCACCCCCCCCCCCCCCCACCCCCCCCCCCCCCCACCCCCCCCCCCCCCCACCCCCCCCCCCCCCCACCCCCCCCCCCCCCCACCCCCCCCCCCCCCCACCCCCCCCCCCCCCCACCCCCCCCCCCCCCCACCCCCCCCCCCCCCCACCCCCCCCCCCCCCCACCCCCCCCCCCCCCCACCCCCCCCCCCCCCCACCCCCCCCCCCCCCCACCCCCCCCCCCCCCCACCCCCCCCCCCCCCCACCCCCCCCCCCCCCCACCCCCCCCCCCCCCCACCCCCCCCCCCCCCCACCCCCCCCCCCCCCCACCCCCCCCCCCCCCCACCCCCCCCCCCCCCCACCCCCCCCCCCCCCCACCCCCCCCCCCCCCCACCCCCCCCCCCCCCCACCCCCCCCCCCCCCCACCCCCCCCCCCCCCCACCCCCCCCCCCCCCCACCCCCCCCCCCCCCCACCCCCCCCCCCCCCCACCCCCCCCCCCCCCCACCCCCCCCCCCCCCCACCCCCCCCCCCCCCCACCCCCCCCCCCCCCCACCCCCCCCCCCCCCCACCCCCCCCCCCCCCCACCCCCCCCCCCCCCCACCCCCCCCCCCCCCCACCCCCCCCCCCCCCCACCCCCCCCCCCCCCCACCCCCCCCCCCCCCCACCCCCCCCCCCCCCCACCCCCCCCCCCCCCCACCCCCCCCCCCCCCCACCCCCCCCCCCCCCCACCCCCCCCCCCCCCCACCCCCCCCCCCCCCCACCCCCCCCCCCCCCCACCCCCCCCCCCCCCCACCCCCCCCCCCCCCCACCCCCCCCCCCCCCCACCCCCCCCCCCCCCCACCCCCCCCCCCCCCCACCCCCCCCCCCCCCCACCCCCCCCCCCCCCCACCCCCCCCCCCCCCCACCCCCCCCCCCCCCCACCCCCCCCCCCCCCCACCCCCCCCCCCCCCCACCCCCCCCCCCCCCCACCCCCCCCCCCCCCCACCCCCCCCCCCCCCCACCCCCCCCCCCCCCCACCCCCCCCCCCCCCCACCCCCCCCCCCCCCCACCCGUAUUUCUGAAAUUGGAGCUGGCAAUCUUUUUCAGAGCACAUUUUCAAGAUCCUACGAAAAAAGCAGCUGGUGGAAGGGAACUUCAAGAAAAAUCGAUGAAUGAGAGAAGCAUGGGGUUGCCAAAUUGGGGUUACGAAAUUCCUGGAGAUUUGGAGGGGGCGGGGUGUGGGCGCCAUUUUGCCCCGGGCGCCAUUUGCCUUCCCACACCUCUGCUACCAGGCCCACUGGUGCUUGGACGCAAUCUAAACCAUUUCACCAAGCACAAAGACAGCGGGAGCAUGAAAAUUGCCAGCCUUCAGGUGGAGCCCACAGAUCCCCCAGACUUAUAA